AUGAGUAAUGAUGAAUUAAGAGCAGAGGUUUUGAAGGAUUAACAGAAGCAGGAAGAAAAGAAAUAAGCUUAGAUGCAGUUCAUUGAGUAGCCAAUCUAGCAAGGACAGGGUAAACUCAUUACAUCUGGUAAAGCAGUGCAUGGUACUGAGACUAAUUUUAUCAGCGACUUAGAAGUUGGAGAUUUCUUGAUAAUAUAAAAUGAGAAUACAGGAAAGCAAGAGCGUCGCAAAGUUAAUAUGGUUUUGUCGGCUAGAUCAUGUGGACUGGAAGAGCCCUUUUCUGAGGAUAUCAUUAUCAAGAGUGAAUAUUUAUUCCAGAAGAAACCAAAGCUUAGAGAGAAGGUAAAGCAUGUUGAAGAUGUCAUAGCUGAAAGAUUAGCUAAGGAAAAUGCAGGGUUUGUUGGUGGUCUAGACUAGAAGAAUUCAGAGAAGGAAUCAAUUAUGGAAUUCAGAGUUAAAGUUGGAGAUGCAUAUAAGACUGUCAAGGAAAAAAUCAAAGGAGACAAGAGUAAGGAAGAGCUUCUAGACAUGAGAGUUAAAAAGAAGACCGAUAAAUUCUGCUGGUUUUGA